CCACGAGCAGUCGCUGCGGUCUCUGCGCUUCCCUCUCCGGACUUUGCCGCCGCUCCUCGUCGUGGCGCAGGUGGUCACUGCUCCCCAGGCCCUGCCGGCCUCUCUCUGUGCACAGCAGGUCAGGAUGGUGAGGUGCCUGGUCCCCCGUCUGCCUGCCCUCGCUGUCUGCCUCACCCUGGUCCAGCUGCUCCGCCCCUGCUCAGCUGACUUUGCUGUGGUUGGACCCCCUGAGCCCAUCCUGGCCAUGGUGGGUGGAGACGCUGAGCUGCCCUGUCACCUGUCCCCGAAGAGGAGCGCUGAGAGCAUGGAGCUGAUGUGGGUUGGACCCAGCCACAGGCAGGUGGUGCUCACGUACGCACACGGGCAGGAGGACACGCCGGCAGAGGAGUAUCGAGGGAGAACUUCGGUUUUAAGAGAGGACGUCACUGCGGGGACGGCUGCUCUGCGGAUUCGCAACGUCACAGCCUCAGACAACGGGACCUACGUGUGUUACUUCCAAGAUGGAGAUUUCUAUGCAAAGGCCCAGGUGGUGCUGCAGGUGGCAGCACUGGGCUCCGAUCCCCACAUUGAAAUGAAGGGCUACGAGGCUGGAGGGAUCCGUGUGAACUGCUGGUCUGCCGGCUGGUACCCGCAGCCCCAAGUAGAGUGGAGAGACGCCAGGGGACAGAGAAUUUCCAAUGAGGUGGUCACAGAGGCCACAGACCCCCAGGGCCUUUGUGCAGCCUCAGCCUCUGUAAUCCUGGAAGAAGGCUCUCAGGAGGGGGUCUCCUGUGUCAUCAGAAACCCCCUGCUGGGCCAGGAAAGGUCAGCGGGGCUUUCCAUCCCAGGUCCCUUCUUCAGGAACGCAGAGCCUCGGAUGGCGUUUAUCACCCCAAUCCUGACUGGUAUGGUGGUCCUGUUGGGAGUGUCGUGCUUGGUGUGCUUGGUGUGCUUGGUGUGGCGACGGCCGCAGGUGAUCCGGGCCUUGUCCCAGGAGAAGCGGAGAGAGCAGGAGCUGCAGCGGGUGGAAAGCGCCCAAGAGAAGCUGCAGGACGACCUCAGUAAGUGCCCAUCCCCGUCCCUGGGCAUCCUGGGGUCCCUGGUGACAAGGUCACUGACUCUGUACAUUGUUCCCUGCAGGGUGGACAAACAGCGGAUACUGACCACGUUAGUGCCCCGCACCCGCAUCUCAGCCUCUGUUCUCGCCACGAACAGGAGCUACUUCGAAUUCGGGCAGGAAGUUCCCAAAAGUCACUGGAGGAGAGGCUGGACUGGAGGAGAGGUUGGCGGGACUGGAGGAGAACAACAUUGUCAUUUGUGA